CCGCAAUCUGUGUCCACUCCACUUUUGUGCAAAUGCUCUGAUGCAACUGGUGCGAAUGGUGUUUUCCUCUUCUCUCCGCUGUGUCAUAAGGGCUCCUGAAGUGGGGAGUGGAGGUCGUGGUGGGUCUGGAGAGCAUGGAGUCAUCGGUGGACAGGCCUGCGGAUCAAGUGUCAUACACGCACAGUAACCCGCUGUUUGACAUGUCAUUCAGCCAUAGUGAACUGAACAGUUUCCAUCCCAACGAUCUGAAGCCGGCGAGGCCCAAAAGACAAUGGUGUUUUCAUGUGAUUGUUGUGUACCUGAUCUUGCAGACUGCCCUCAAUGCCUUUCUCCUUUAUAAAGUUUUCACAUUGGAGUUGUCACUGCACCCCAGGACGGAGAAGCUGGUGGACCACCGUGUUCCUCAGGGUGGAGCGGCUGGUGAAGACGACAUCCAAACUCUCAUCCACAACAACAGUCAAGAAACCAGGACCCUACGAGGACACCUAUGGGCCUUGCAAAGCCAGCUCAACGGUCUGUGUGGAGAGAAUGGUCAGCUGGACAGUCUGAGGUCUGACCUGAGCCUGCUCAACACCAGCACCCACAGCCUGGAGGGCAAACUGACAACCAUUGGCCUCACACCAGGACCUCCAGGUUCUCCAGGAACAAAUGGACUGCCAGGACAUCCAGGGGCACCCGGAGAAAAGGGCCUCAAAGGUGACAGUGGUGUUGCAGGCCCCCCAGGACUAAAGGGUGAUAUGGGAAUUAACGGUCAACCUGGAGAGCGCGGAGAUAGAGGGCAAAUUGGUGCACCGGGACCCACUGGACCUCCUGGACCCAUCGGUCUCAGGGGCCCACCCGGGCUCCAAGGGGAACCAGGGACUCAAGGACCAGCCGUGAAGGGAGAAAGGGGCGAUCCUGGGGCUCCAGGCCCUCUUGGAAACAAAGGUGACACAGGGAACCUUGGUCCAAAAGGAUCUGCGGGAGUUCCUGGUGCUCCUGGGCUCAAAGGAGAAAAAGGAGACGGAGGACAGCUUGGUCCACUGGGGCCCCAAGGGCCUCCUGGUCCACCAGGUGCCAACGGAGUCAAGGGAGAACCAGGAAUCCCAGCAGAUUUGAAAGUGCGUCUUGUGCCGGGGAGGAGACGAGGGCGUGUGGAGGUGAGGCACAGCGGGACAUGGGGCACCGUGUGUGACGACAGCUUCGAUACCACAGAUGGCAACGUGAUCUGUAGGAUGCUGGGCUACCAACGGGCCAUUUCCACCUACACUGACGCCACCGGGUCCGGUGAUAUCUGGCUGGAUGACCUCCAAUGCCUUGGAACAGAGUCUGAUAUCUUUGACUGCCCACACAGUGGUGUCGGUAAUCACAACUGCCAACACACCGAGGAUGCAGGAGUGGAAUGUGUCUAGAUUGACAUGAAACCAAUAAUUGUAUCUCAACACAUCGUCUUGAAUCACAGUACACUGUAAACAUAAGAUAAGCAAUUAAAACUACUGUAGAAGUUU